AUGAUAAGUAAGGAAAAAGAACAGAGUGAAGAUAGGUUAGUGAAUGAGAAUAAAGAAAAGAAAACAAUUCCUAUUGGUUGUGGAAAAAUCCCUUUCCCCAAUGCUUUAGUAAAAAAGAAUUUGGAAAAACAAUUUUCAAAAUUUUUAGAAGUUUUUAAGAAGCUUCAAAUUAACAUUCUUUUUUCUGAAGCAUUGGAGCUAAUGCCCACUUAUGCUAAAUUCAUGAAAGACAUUUUGUCAAGGAGAAGAAAACUAAGUGAGGAGAGUGAAACUAAAAUGUUAACUGAGGAAUGCAGUGCUAUUCUACAAAAGAAGCUCCCUCCUAAACUGAAAGAUCCUGGUAGCUUCACAAUAUCUGUUGACAUAGAAGGUCUAGCCGUAGGAAGAGCCUUGUGUGAUUUAGGUGCUAGCAUUAAUUUGAUGCCUUUGACCAUGUUUGAACGAUUAGAUAUAGGAGAAGUCACCCCUACUAUGAUCUCGCUCCAGUUAGCCGAUAGGUCACUUAAGACACCCUAUGGAAUAGUAGAGGAUGUGCUAGUACGAGUUGAUAAAUUUGUUUUUUCUGUGGACUUUGUGGUGUUAGAUAAGUAA